AGAAUGUCGAAUAGAAAAAUUUGAGAUAAUUUUUAUAAAAUCAUCCCACCCCCACCCGAUGUGACAUAGCUGACGAAUUUUUCCAUUAUACUGCAAAAAUCAACUUACAUUGACUGUGACUCUAAAAAAAAUCUUUUUUUAUCAAUUUUUUCCAUUUUAAAGCAUUUAAUUAGUUGAUUAGCUAUUUUAUUAAUAUCCUUAUUCAAUCAGUGCUGUAAAAUUCGUGAAGUUUAAUCAAUAAUGGAUACGAAAAAGUCAUGAAAAAGAUGUAUGCCAAUGUCAAUCCAUAGACGAUCGUAGUAAAAAGGAAAAAAAAGAAGAUUCAGAUGAUUCAUUAGUAGCUUUUGAAGUGGUUUCUCAGUGCUGCAUACAGUGUAAAAAAAGGAACGAAAUAAAGUCAGUGUAUUUUUUAUCAAUCGAAGUCAUACACACAUUUGUCAAAGCCUUAUCAGGGGCUAAUUUUUAUCAAUUACCACAAUCAAAUCGUAAAGAGAAAAAAAAGUGAGACACUCGAGGAGAAAUAAGGGAAAUAAGCUAAUUCAAAAUGAAAUUGAAAGUGCUCUAGAAAGAAGUUUGUUGCUUUUUUGUUUGAUAAAAAGAAUAAAAAAAAAAAAAUAACAAAGUAAUUCCGCGAAGAUUAUCGCCCCUGUUGUUAUUGUUUGUGUCUGUGUGUGAUUUUUGUAAAAAGUGUAAAUUAAUAAUAUAAAAGAAUGAAGAAACAACUCCAUAAGAUAAAAAUUGCGGCAGAGAACUUCUCGCAAAGAACAACAAAACCAGAGAGAAACGACGAGUUACAGCACAUCGAGAAGCAAGUGGAUAAAUAUAAAGAUGUAUUACAGACAAUCACAAAGAAAAUAUCUACAAAUGCACCAUCCGGACAAGAUCAAGCGGCGAAAGAGAAGCGAAUGAAGAAAACACAUGAGUUUCUCCUAGCACAAGCGAUGGACGACUCAUCGAAAGAUUUACCGGAUGGAAUAUUGAAGAAAAUUUUAGAGGAUUGUGCAAGACUCGAGAAGACAAUUGCGUCAGAGAUCGUAAAUAACGAAGUGAAUAUUGAAAAUGAUGUGAAUAAGAAGCUGAAUGGUAUAAUAGAGCAUCAAAUUCAGAUUGUACAGAAGCAGAAGCGCAUUGUAGCGAAGUGCCAUCAAGACAACGAGACUGCAAAACAGAAAUAUCAGAGCGCAAUUCGCUUAAACGAGAAUCAGACAAAAAUAAAUCAAUUAAAAGACGAUCAAGAAGAGUGUGAGACGCGAUUAGAAAAAGAACGUGACAUUUAUGCAUCAAAUAUGUUUGACCUGUUGGCUGAAGAAGAUAACAUCUCUAAUUACAUUCUCAAUUACGUAAAAUAUCAGCAACUGUGUUACAAGUCAGCACUUAAGGAAAUUGAAACAUUGAUGAGCGACAUGAAUGGAUUAAUAAGAAGUAGCAAUAAGAGAAUAUUUAAUACAUCAUUGCAAGACCAUCUUGAAACGACCGGAAGGAAGAUUUCUUAUGUAAUUGAGCUUUGUGUUUGCUGUCUCCUUGAGAAAGGAUUGUACGAGGAAGGAUUACUUCGUGUCGGAUGUGGAAAAAGCAAAUUGAUGAGAAUGCGAAGUGCAAUCGAUGCAAAUUUUGUUUGUCCACCAAUCGGGCCAGAGUAUCAGGAUGUUCAUGUAAUCGCAUCCGUAUUAAAAUCAUACCUAAGAAGUCUUCCCGAACCAUUGCUCACUUAUAAUUGUUAUAACGAAUUUAUGGAAGUCUCUCAGAUUGUCAACGAUUCACAACGUAAAGCGGCAAUUUUAAACAUAAUCAAUAAGUUGCCGGAAGGCAAUUACAACAAUCUUAAAUAUUUAAUGAAAUUUCUGUCGUAUUUGAGCGAGAAAAAUCAGCACAAUAAAAUGUCAACGCAGAACAUUGCCAUAGUGAUGUCACCUAACUUAUUAUGGCCACAAAAUGAAAAUGAUCAGAAUUAUGCGCAACAGGUUACAUCAACAUCGGCUGUGAAUACGGUAGUUGAAACAUUAAUUGGUGAUUGGGAUUUUUUCUUUCAUGGCGAGGUGAAUUUUUAUGAAACGAUGAGUCGAGAUGAGCUCUUUCCCGACAAUGGUGGAUUUCCAUUCGAUAAAGAGCAGCCAGUAAUCCAUACCAAACAUGAUCAUAUGUCAAUGUCGAUGAUUGUUGGUGAGAAUGUUAAAAAUGGUCCUGUAACUGUUGCAAAAAUGUCUCACUCACGAUCGAGUAGUCAUGAUACUAGUCUUAUAUUAUUAAGUAAUCCACCGAUGAAAUCAAGCCAGUCAAAUAGCUCAUUGUCGGACACAAGUCCAACGACGGGAUCGCCAAAGUUACCGCGUAGAAAACCAAAAGCACCAGUUCCACCAGCAAUAACACCACAACCAUUAAAAGCGAAGCUUGAGUCAAAACUUUCAGCACCGAUGACUGUUUCUAAGCUUUUAGAUACAUCUAAUUUUAGUUUUAUUGAUUCCGAUCCGGCCAUUGUUGUGGAUGACUCGAGGAUUGGAAUUUUAAGAAAAGCUGGAAGUACCGAAAAUAUUCUAGCAAAACCCGAUCGACCACCACGACCAAUAGUCGUUAAUGCUGAAUGUCAAACAAUGUCAAAAGCCAUGAUUCGCCAAGUGCCAUUAAAAGAUAAAUCAUCGACAGGUCUAGCGAGACCAGUUGCAGCACCGCGAUCAACUGUCGUGAAAUCAGAAUUGGAAAGGAGUGAAGAAAAUUUGGAUGUGGCAAUGCGAGAAAAGCCAGCAAUUCCUGAUCGUCCAGUUACUCUCAUGAGACCAGCGUCAUUUCGAGCUGCAACUGGCUUUGGAUCACCAACGUCAUUCAUGACAAAUGAAAAAUUAGUGGAAGAAUUGACAUCAAAUUUUGGCAAUAAAUCAAAUGCUGUGACUGUCAAACGAAAUAAUUCAUUACGGGAAGGACGCACAUCAGAAUCGAAUGGAAAUGUCAGUGAUUCAACAUCACAACCGAAGCAAGUUACCAUGUAUAAUAUAGAGAAACAACAAGUAUCGAUCAUUGAUGUGCCAGUGGCUGGUUCACCACAGCCAGUUCGUCGACAACUCUUUUUAAGCGAUGCUGAAAAUAAGGAAAAUAGUCAAGAUUUUCGAUCCUCAAAUGAUGCACUUAACUCAUCGGAUGAGCAACAAAAUGUUCCACCUUCACCUCGUGAGGCAAAAAUAAAGAGGCCACAAGUUCCACCACCAGCAAGGCCACGAUCCUCGGCUGAUCAAGGCGAUUCCACAAAUUUAUAACACGAAAUGCUUAUAUAGUAAAAUUUAGAAAAUCAAAUUGAAACAAGAUUUGAUUAAAU